UCAAAUUUUCGUGCCUUGUUUUACAAUUUGAAGAAAAGUUUAAAUUUUCGUCCAUAAAAUGGCUAAUCAUAAUUGUCCCGAGUUAAUUUCUCAAAUAAAAUCGUUGUUGAAUCAAUACGAAUCGUCACAGAACCAGCCGAUAACAUGCCCUCAAACUAAGGAGCCCUGCGUCACUUGCUGUAUGGUUUGCCCACCGCCUAUCAUGGCCCCAACGGUGCCGGAACCGGUAAGGCCCCUACAGCUACCUUGUCCAGUUGCAGAAAAUCAGUCACAAGGAAUGUCUGAUGCAGAUGCUGAGAAAUUCCGUAUCGCCAAUUUUUACAAUAACUACAACAUCGAUUGGAGAUCGGAAGCGAGCAGAUCCAGUUCGAGAGCGCCAGAUCCCCGAACAGAUAAAUACCAAGGCGUAACCACCGAUGGUAAGAGUCCGUACUGUCCGGAAGCAUUGAAAAAACAAGAGGCUAAAGAAGACCAUGGAUGUCCGACUGGGUUUAAACCGUGCAAGAUGAAACUGGCGCCGCCUAAAGAUUGUCAUCCGUGUGGAGUAUGGUGCGCCGAAAUACAAGCUUGUCCACCGACGCCUAAGAAAAGGUUACCUAAUAGAAACUAAUAUUGCUUUCUUACAUGGUUAAUUUAUUAAAAUAA